AGAAGAAGAAGAAGAAGUCGUUCUUCCACUCAGCUGGUGCAUCAGGCCCCAAUGUGCGCAGGACGAGUGUAGAAGCUGCGGGUUUGAACACACCUCCUGAUAAACAGCACCAGUGCUCCUGCAUUAAGAGGCCAAACUCCUGGAGAUAUAAAUAGUAAUAAUUACUCCUUCUCUCCGGCAUGUAGCGCAUGUCAACCCUUUAUCUUCAGUCAGAAGCUUCAGCUCCACACCAUGGUGUCGUAUAAGAGGCUGACCCCGGAGGAGGUGCACUUCUCUGGCGUGCCUUUACUGCAGUCUCAUGAUGAUUCGCAGGACAGUGAGCUGAAGGUGGAGGAUGCAGAGCGCCCCCUGCUGGCCCGGAGGCCUCACUGCUCCAUCACUGCUGCCCUGUUGACCCUAGGAGGCUUUAUCCUUGUAGUCCUCGGCGUCUGGUUACUAGGAACCAUGCUCUGGCUGCGUAGUACCGCUUCCAUAGGAAUCCACCGCCCUCCGUCUCCCGCGGCUCCGCCCGGCAAGGUGCAGGAAAACCGAACACAGCCGGAAUCCUGCUCCGUUAUUCCAGAAUCCUGGAGGUUCGACUGCUAUCCGGAGAGAGGUGUUGUGGUGACUGAGGAUAUGUGUCACGCCAGAAACUGUUGCUUUACACGUGCAGCCAGUGAGAAAAGCGGCGUCCCGUGGUGCUAUUAUCCACCAGAUUUUCCAUCGUAUACGCUAGUGGCUAUUAAUGACACCGAGACGGGAUUGAGCGGGAAACUGGUUCGUACUCAGAAGACGUAUUAUCCUAAGGAUAUAGAGACGCUGAAGCUGGAUGUUCUGUACGAGUCGAACAGCAGACUCCGUAUAAAAAUAACAGAUCCAUCACAGCAGAGGUUCCAGGUUCCUAUAGAUGUCCCUGUGGUGGAAAAACGAGCUCCGAAUCCCUUGUAUACAGUCGAGUUCUCCAAACAGCCGUUCGGGAUUGUUGUUAAGAGAACGCAAAAUGGAGCUGUGCUGUUGAACACUACUGUAGCUCCACUCUUCUACGCGGAUCAGUUUCUGCAGAUGUCCACGUCUUUACCGUCUACUUUCGUUUACGGGCUCGGUGAACAUCGCUCCAGCCUCAUGCAUGAUGUGCAGUGGAGCACGUUUACCAUGUGGGCUCGGGAUGCGGCUCCAGAAGAGUUGAUCAACCUGUACGGUGUUCAUCCGUUUUAUCUUCUCAUGGAGACUGAUGGACUGGCACAUGGGUCUUUCCUGCUAAACAGCAAUGCUAUGGAUGUUGUCCUUCAGCCUGCUCCGGCUCUCACCUGGCGCACGAUCGGCGGGAUUCUGGACUUGUAUGUUUUCCUCGGCCCUGAUCCCAGCUCGGUGGUUUCUGAGUACGUGGAGGUCGUAGGAAAGCCUGCGAUGCCGGUGUACUGGGCACUGGGUUAUCACCUCUGUCGCUGGGGUUACGACUCCAGUAAUAAAACAUGGGAAGUUGUGAGAGAAAUGAGGAAUUAUGGGAUACCGCAGGAGGUGCAGUGGAAUGAUAUCGACUACAUGGACCGCGCUCUGGACUUCACCUUCGAGCCUGCGAGCUUUUCCACGCUGCCCGACCUGGUCAAGGAUCUUCACCUGCACAGCCAGCGCUACGUCAUGAUCCUGGAUCCGGGUAUCAGCAGCACUCAGCCGCCUGGUACUUAUGGGCCGUUUGAGGAGGGAAUAAAGAACGGCAUCUUCAUCAACAACUCCAGCGGAGAAACGCUCAUCGGGAAGGUGUGGCCAGGACUUACAGCAUUCCCAGACUUUUCCAACCCGGACACACACGAGUGGUGGUACCAGAACCUGCAGAACUUUCACAGCAAAGUCCCGUUUGAUGGCCUGUGGAUUGAUAUGAACGAACCGUCGAAUUUCUUCGAUGGAUCUAUAGACGGCUGUCCUGACAACGAAUUAGAAAACCCUCCUUAUACACCAUAUGUUCUGGGUGGUAGUCUGAAGGCUAAGACCGUAUGUGCAUCUGCACAACAGAAGACCUCCUCACACUACAACCUGCACAGUUUAUACGGACUCAUGGAAGCCAAAGCAACAGCAAGUGCUUUGAAGAGGAUCCUGGAGAAGCGUCCGUUUGUGAUUUCCCGCUCCACGUUCCCAAGUCAGGGAAAGUAUUCCGGUCACUGGCUGGGAGAUAACAGGAGCCAGUGGAAGGAUUUAUACAUGUCCAUUCCAGGCAUGCUGACCUUUAACCUUUUGGGCAUUCCACUGGUGGGAGCGGACAUCUGCGGCUUUUCCCAGAACACCACGGAAGAGCUGUGUGUGCGCUGGACUCAGCUCGGAGCUUUUUAUCCCUUCACCAGAAACCAUAACACAAAAGAAUCACUGCCUCAGGAUCCCACCGCGUUCAGUUCCGCUGCUCGGACGGCGAUGAAGGAAGCUCUUCUGCUCCGUUAUUCCCUCUUUCCUUUCCUUUAUACACUCUUUCACUACGCACACGUCCAUGGACACACCGUCGCUAGACCUCUGUUUUUCGAGUUCCCUACAGAUGGAAAGACGUAUCGGAUAGAUAAACAGUUCCUGUGGGGGAAGAGUUUGUUGGUGACGCCUGUUCUGGAGCCCGGUGUGGAUUUUGUGGCUGGCUACAUGCCUGAGGGGCUCUGGUACGAUUUUUACACAGGUAACUCAUUGGCCAGUAAAGGUGAAGAGAUGAAGCUUCAUGCUCCUCUGGACAAAAUCAACUUACAUCUCCGGGAAGGAUCCAUCAUUCCUACACAGAGGCCCAACACUACACUGUGGGUGAGCAGUGGUCAGCCCCUGCACUUGAUCGUGUGUCUGAGUGAGGACGGUCAGGCUGCUGGAGAUCUCUUCUGGGAUAACGGAGAAUCUCUGGACACCUACGAGACGGACGAGUACGCCUACAUCGUGUUCAGCCUGAAACAGAACACGAUGACCUCAGAGGUGGUACGCAGUCACGUGGAGGCCAUGUACCUCACGGUGGAGACGGUUUCGUUCUACGGCGUGAAGACGAAGCCGAGCAGCGUCACUGUGAAUUCACAAGAAGCGGCGUUCAACUACUCGACCAAUCAGGUGUUGAGAGUAGACGAGUUGGGUCUGAACCUCAGCCAGAACUUCACCAUCAGCUGGAAGUGACCGAAAAUCAGUCCCCGAAAGAGUAAAACUCGAGUUUGACUUGAUUUUUUUUUCCUUAGAAUAUAAUCUUCAGAAAAUCGAUCUGUACUUACGCACUCAUUCCACUGAGAUACGAGUAAGAGCACUUCCUACAAAAAACAAAGAAAAAGAAAACCCGAAAGACUUCAGUUAAGAAUGUUUUAAAUUAGCAAGCGUUUGUUUAGAAUUCAGAGAUGGUUAUAAUUAAAAUGAAUAAACCAACGUUCUUUUUUUCCCAACAUAAUUCUCAUUGAAGGGAGACGAUAAUCGCAGUGUGUGUUAUUCUCUCAGCAUUCAGGGAACGGGUGUGGUGCAAUAAGCUUCAACAGGAGCAAGCGUACAUGUUUGAAAUUCGCAAAAUAACAAAUUCAACAAAAGGUGCCGACAUUUACGGAUUAUUUGACGCCAUUUUUCUGCUUACUCAGCUAAAGCAGCCAAUAAAAUUCUCCCGUCUGAAUCCUGACAAUACCACAGCCGUCCGUAGCCGGGAUUCAGGACAGCUAAAUUGUCACUAGCCAAUCAUACGCUUCUGUGAGCUCACGUAUGCGGAAAAGGGCGGAUAGCGCUUUCGUCCGAGUGUGUUAUUCCGCUCUAAAAAGAAGCGAAUUCACUGAAGGGGAAAGGACGUGCGAAAGUUUCGCUUCUGGUAUCAUGUUUGUGCUGCUGAGAAUUUAGGAAAGCGAUCUGAACUAUCCCAAACCCCGGUAUUAAAAUUAUACUUUAGGUUGGAUGGAGUCUAAUAAAGAGUAUUUUAUAUAUAUAUUGUAUAUUGUAUAUUGGUAACAAAUUCUAUCGGCUUGAUUGCACUAAAUAGUGAUGGUACGUGUAAAUAGCAUCGCAUGUUUAAACGUCAUCGUUAUCACUGGAUUUCUGAUCUUAUUGGACUUUUUUUUUUUUUGGUAAUAAUUUGACUUUGCAUCUUCUGACACUUUAGUUUAUUGAGGAGAUUGCAUUACCGUAAAGGGUUUUUUUGUGUCGUUCAUAACUUUUCGUGCCUUAAAACGCAUCAGAACUGUGAUUUCCUACGCAGCUGCUUUACUGUGAAUGUAUUCAACUCUGUAUCUAAAAUCGUGAAAUGCUUUAAAGCCAAAAAAAUAGGCACGCUGCUCCAUUUCCACUCAUGAAUGUUGAUUUAUUAAAUGCAUUCGAUAGCGAUAGAUCUUUUUUUUUUUUUUUUACAUUUAAGUGUAAUUAUUCUUCUCAUUUGUAAUGUGUGUGCUUUUAAUAAAGAUGUAAAAAUAAAGAUAUUUUUAGGUUUGAACAAACCGCCUUACAGGACAUGAAGAUGCCCCAAAUUCCAGAUUUUAAAUUCCACUUUUUUCAUCAUUUAAAAAUAAUAAUCACUGCACACAUCGGCCAUGUUUAUGAUUCAUGCACAUGACUAUAUAUCACACCUACAGUAAUUAUGAUGGCGGUUUUAUUCACAGCUGUCUCUUUUCUCACAUAUAAAUUCAUAUUUUAAUGGAUUAGUAAAGUUUGAACCCUGCUGUGAUUUCUUCACUAUUAAGCCCGUUGUUUCUGUGAAGUAUCUUCUCUAUGAUUAAGAUUUGCGCACUCUUAGGAUGUAAAAAGUCACAGCAGUUCACUGGAAUAUUGAUAAAAAAAUAUUAAGAUACUCAGGUUCUACACCUGAGGUUGGUUUUUAGUCAUGUGAGGAUGGAUCGCCAGUACACUUAUAACAAUAAAAGAGAAAUUGUGUUUUUUAUCUAAAAUGGAGCUGUAUUUUAAAGCUCAACUGUGUUUAAAAAUAAAUAAGUAAAUAAAAACUUUUGUAUGUAAAAUUAUCAUUAAAUGAACACUGACUAAUGGCAGAUUUAAGAAAUAUUUCUUAUUUUUGAGCAAAGCGGGGAAAAGGUUCUCCGAGCUGAUGAGAAUCUGAUUUGUCCUUGGUACAAAGCGAUACGUUCGUUUGAAACUCGACGCUGCUCAUCACCCUGAGAGCACCGUCCCCGCUGUGAAACACGGUGGUGGUAGCACCAUGGUGACGGUUACUCUCGGCCUCUGUGACCUGUUUGUGUCGUAUUCGUUCCUUUUUUAAUUCUGUGAGAUGCUCGAAGUUUGGAGUAUUUUUUUUUUUAAUCACCAAACCCUUGAUAUUUUUCCUUUAACAAAAAACUUUAACAAAAUCUGGUUUCUUUGCAGUAUUUAUACAGAGAUCAUGUGACAAUUUAUUUUAUUUUGAGAACUAUAUUGCAAAUGUUUUGCCUUUUUUUUUUUUUUUUUGUAGAUUCAUGAAAUAAAAUCCUGUAAGUCCAUUUCAGUUCAAUACAAAAUGUGAGAAAAGUUCAAGGGGGGGUGAAUACUUAUGCACGGCACUGGUUCAUUUAAAAACAAAAUGUUAAUUAUUUAAAACCUCCCAAUAAUUUAAAGUAAAGCUAAUAAGUAAAUAAACAUGCUGUUCUUUGAA